ACCAUACUACUGUAUGUGAACCUUGCGUCCAAGGUUCCUCUGGCCACGCAGCGAAUUCAGCAGUGAACCGUGCAUGGAGCUGUCACGCAAGACGAAAGUGGGGCGACGGCCAUGCGUGCGUGUAUAUGACCAUUGCGCGGCGGGCACACGUUCAUUGCAAGCACGACUGAUGCCACUUGCUGAAUUCGUUUCAGAGCGCUGGUACGACAGGCAUUAUUUCAGGUUUGAAGCAGUCCGAGGAUCUCUUUCAGAGGCGGAGAAGCCAAGUCUUGGCCGCUACAACUUAUAAGUAUCGCGCGCGCUCGCUUUCGUGUGCUCCUGCCCGCUGCUGUUGCACUCAGGUGCGGUGGCAGGCCGUGUGUGGUGGUUGCAGGUGCAGCCGCGCGUUCUCUUCUCCGGGAGGGGCGAGGUCGUCGAUCGGGGAUGGACGGCGAGAUGGGCGAGGACCUGCUGGCGGAGAUCCUCGUCCGGCUGCCGCACAAGUCGCUGGCGCGGUUCCAGUGCGUCUCCACCACGUGGCGGGGCCUCAUCGCCGCCGACUACCUCCGCCGGAGGCUGCCGCUCAUCACGUCCGGCGUGCUGUUCCACGACGGCCCGCGGGACGGCGGGGGCGGGAGGCGGGCGUACACUUACGCGCGCGCGGCGGCGUCGCCGUCGUCGGGCGAGGACGGCGGCGGCGUGGCGGAGGCCGACGACAUGUCCUUCUUCCCGUGCCACGCCACGUCCAGCAUCAUCGACGGCUGCAACGGCCUGCUGCUCUACUACGCGUCCUGCCCGGCGGCGUUCCACGUCGUGAACCCGACCACGCGGCGGUGGGCGGCGCUCCCGGAGCCCCGCAGGAAGACGCUGCUCUCCGUGCUGUCCUUCGACCCCUGCGCCUCCCCGCACUACAAGGUGGUCUGCUUCACCGGGUGGCUGCCCCGGGGCGCCUCCGUCGAGGUGUUCGACUCGGAGACCGGCGCGUGGGGCGAGCACGAGCUCGACUUCGGCCUCGACACCGACGCCAUGUCGGCCACCAUGCACUGCUUCGCCGGCGCCGUCCACGUGUUGGCAUACUCGGGCCACGUCGUCCGCAUCGACCUCGCCACCAUGAGGUGCACGGUCACCGCGCUCCCGGCGCCCGUGAGCUACCGGGCACGCGCGGGCCACUGCCGCGGCCGGCUCCGGUACGCGUCCAGCGACGGAUCGCGCCUCACGCUGUGGGAGCUGGUGGACGCGGGCAAGUCCGAGUGGGUGGCGAAGCACGAGCUCGGGGUCGGCGACCUCGUCUCCGGCGGCUCGUGCCACCCCGCUACCGCGACCUUUGUGUUCAUGGCGUUCCACCCGGAGAGGGAGGUGGUGUACCUGUGGACGCCGUCGAAGCUCAUCGCGUUCAACAUGGAGCAGAGGCGCGUCGAGGAGGAGUGCGUGUUCGGGUCCGGGAAAGAAGACGCGCAGCUCAUACAAAUCUGGCUGUUUCCCUUCUCGCGCCAUUUGGCCAGCUGCUUGGCCUGAGUGGCGAUACCGCACGCCACACUGAGCAGCUGAGGAUGUGAUCGCCUCCAAGAAUGUGGGUCCGUUUACUAGUCUACAGAAAUGUAGUUGCGUCCAGCACCGCACAAAAAAGAUACAGCAAAGUCCAAAUAUGGGAUGCACGAUACGAUUAUCAUUUUCUAUAUUUGAUUGAUGCAAAUGCUUGUUCUGUUAUAGGGGAAUCUAUUUGUAUUCUGUAAUAACGGUCUUGUUCAAUUACUUGCCUAUUUGAUAUACUAUAUUCAAUUUCUUACA